AUGGUGUCCGCCGCAGCAAGAACCGAGCCCGGGGCUCAGUGGAAGCCCAACGUCGAGGUGCCCGUCUACUCGCUGAAAGAGGUGGCCGCCCACUCCAAGAAGAACGACCUGUGGAUCGUCGUCCACGGCAAGAUCUACGACGUCACCAGCUACCUGCUGGACCACCCCGGCGGCGCCGAGGCCAUCGAGGAGGUUGCCGGCACCGACUGCACCGCCGCCUUCGAGGACGUCGGCCACUCGGAGGAUGCCCGCGAGCUCCUGCAGCCCCUGCUCGUCGGCGUGCUGAGCGACGACGAGGCCGCCGCCAACAAGCCCAAGAAGGCGGUGCGCGUCAUCAGCCGUGCCCCCGCCGCGGCCCCCGUGAGCCCCGGCUCGUCGCACAACACCUCCCUCUACCUCGGCGCCCUCGCCCUCACCGCGCUGGCCGUCGCCGGGACCCGCACCGUCGACCACCCGCUGCUCCGCCGCCUGCCUUCCCUGCCGCGCCCCAGCCUGCCCGCCGCCGGGCCCAACGACUUCUGGACCGGCGUGCUGCUGACGAGCGCCGCCUUCGCCGUCGCCGGCGCCUACUCGUUCCAGCGCGCAUCCAGGGCCUUCACCAUCACCACCGGCUUCGGCCGCUACCCCGCGCGCUUCAAGGUGCCCUCGACCACGCCGACCCGCCAAGUCACCGGCUUCCUCGAGGCCCAGACGUACAAGAAGCUCCCCCUCGUCCGCAUCGACCAGCUCUCGCCCAACACGGUCCGCUACGUCUUCUCGCUGCCCUCGCCCACCGCCGUGCUCGGCCUCCCCAUCGGCCAGCACGUCACCAUCCGCGGCACCCUCGCCGACGGCACCGUCGUCGCCCGCAGCUACACCCCGACCAGCAACAACAGCGACCCGGGCCGGCUCGAGCUCGUCGUCAAGCUCUACCCGGACGGCCAGCUGACGGGGCGCUACCUGGCCGGCCUCUCCGUCGGCGACGCGGUCGAGUUCCGCGGGCCCAAGGGCGCCAUGCGCUACCGCCGCGGCUGGGCCUCGCGCAUCGGCAUGGUCGCCGGCGGCACCGGCAUCACCCCCAUGUACCAGCUCAUCCGCGCCAUCUGCGAGGACCCCCGCGACCUGACCGCCGUCAGCCUCGUCUACGCCAACCGCGCCGAGGAGGACAUAUUGCUGCGCGACGAGCUCGACCGCUUCGCCCGCUUGUAUCCCGCAAACUUCGCCGUGCAUUACAUGCUCGACCGCCCCCCGGACGCGGGCUGGGCCGGCGGCAGGGGCUUCGUCACCCGCGACGUCAUGGCCGACCGCCUGCCGCCGCCUGCCCCCGACGCAAAGGUCUUGCUGUGCGGCCCGCCGGGCAUGGUCAAGGCGUCCAAGGCGAGCUUGAAGGAUCUGGGCUUCCAGGUCCCCGGGACUGUGUGCAAGAUGAGCGAUCAAGUCUUUACUUUCUAA